UGUAUCAAAAACCUGCAAAGAUAUGCACAGAAUGCAAUUGAAAUAAUUGGAAUAUUAUGAGUUGUGUAAAAUUAGGAAUACUAUUUUAUUGUAUUGAAAUCUCAACUUCUGUUAGCUGAAUUAAUGGCAUGAUUCUUCUAUUGUGCCCUUUCUACUUAUGAAAUCUUGCCUCAUACUGGUGAGACUUCUCAGUGUGGCUGUUAGCACUUUAUUUAAUUACAUGAUACAAUAGAGAUCCUAUUAACAAUGUAAUGAGCAAGGAACCGAUGUGUCUAAUCAGUUUGAACUACAAUUGAAUACUUUAAUGAGUUAAACAUUUAUGCUGAACCAUUUUAGAGUUGGAAGCUGUCAACGAAGCGAUUGAGAUGGUCCUGUUAUGGGAAAAGGUUAUUGAUCAGUACUGUGGACCUGAUAGGAUUACAGCAAAGAAACAGCAAGAGAAGCUAGAAAAAGUUGCCAAAAACAUUCCUAACAAUGCGCCUGCUUCUGUGAAGCAAUCUGCCAAUCGUUCAGUUCUUUCCCUGCAGAGCAACCUGGUAGAGGAUUUGACAAGAAAUUCCAAUUCAUGGAUAAGCUUGCACGAGAGCGAACAGCAAUCACUAGAAUACAAGCAAGAUGUUAAGCAUGACCAUAACAUGAGAUGAGAGACUUUCUAUGGAAUGAAGUUUCUUAUUAUCCUUGGUGGCAAACUCUGGUUAUGGACAUAUCAUUGAAGGUUCUUUUGAGCAAAUCUUAAGACAUAAAGAAGCAUAGAAGUAGCUUCAAUGUUGUUUACAACAAAAUCUAUCUGAGUUUGACCAUGGACUAGAGUAUCAUGUCUCGUGUUGCCAGAGGUGAAUUAUAAUAUAAGUGUUGCAACAAA